CAGAAAUAAUUCGGAGUUUACUUGCGCUGUGACAGCAGCUGUAAAGGCUCAUCAAGCACCACUGAGUGUUUCUCACUGAAGACGUUGCCGCAAAAGAGAAAAACCGACGCAUCAGGACAGGAUUAUGGUGAUGAUGAUGAUGAUUACGAAGAGUGUUCUCUCAGGAUCCUUCCUCCUCCUCCUCCUCAGCAGCACUGUGUCCGGACUGGGAUCAGUGGUGACAAGAUUUUACUCACAAGUCAGAAAUCAUGUCUCCUGGCAGGAAGCUCAAAGCUACUGCAGGAGAUCAAAUGCAUACAUCGAUAUGGCCGUCCUGUACACACACUCUGACAGAGACCGUAUGUACUUGGACAAUUAUAACGCAUGGAUCGGCCUGUACAAAAACUCCAAUAACUGGGAUUGGUCUGAUGGAGAAAACACAAACUUCUAUGGUUGGAGACGAUACGAACCACGCAACGCUGAUACCUGCGCUUACGUCGAUUACAGCGACAAAAAGUUUGUCGGUGAUGAUUGUGGAACAUAUUUCUUCUUCCUUUGUCACAAGCGCCACAAACGCAAUUACGAAUACAAAUUUAUGUCUACGUCGAUGACAUGGUCUGAGGCCCAGCAGCACUGCAGGGAUUCAGAUAAAUACGAUGAUCUGGCAACUUUCGAAAACAUUGGAGACGCUGGCGGCGGCGGCGGCAACGGCAGUGGUGACAGCAGCGGGGACGGAGGCGGCAGUGGGGACAGCAGCUGGGUCAACAUGUACUCAUUUAUUAAAUUAGAGAACUUUCCGGUCUGGAUUGGACUGCAUAGAGAUGGGGGAACAUGGAAUUGGAGCAUAGGCUCGUCAGAGUACGGUAGUUGGGAACCAGGUGAGCCAAGUGACAGCGGGGACUGCGUCUCUAUCUCCUCCAGUGAAAAAAAGAUGUCAGCCCAAAACUGCUCCAUCCGUCUUCCCUUCGUCUGCAUGAACGACAACCUGAUUCUGGUAAAGGAGAACAGACCAUGGGAGGAGGCGCUGGAACACUGCAGAAACCUCAUUGCACCUUACUAUUACCACUACGAGCUGGUCAGUGUGCAGCCAUCAGAUCAUGACUACGUGACUAGUCGGGUCAUCGAUGCCGAAACUGAGGAGGUGUGGACAGGCCUUCGUUUCCUGGCCGGUCGAUGGCUAUGGGUGAAUGGGGCAGAUAUGUUGUACUCUGACCUCCCCACCUGCCCCGUCGAGGUGCAAAGCUGUGGAGCCUUACCCAAAAAGGACACAGGCAUUCUAGAGACCAGAGACUGUUCAGAGAAAAGAAACUUCCUUUGUUACCGGACUUGGUUCUGACAUCACCACCAUCAUCUGCAUUAGGGUUGUCACUCCCAAAUUGUCCUACAUCUGCUAUCUACCAUAUCAAGUUAUGUUCACAUGGUACAGAUGCUAGAAUAGAUGCAAGUGUAAAAAGGCUUUAGAAUACAUUUACGGUAUGUGAAUAAUUAUAGAAAGACAUUGCAAGUGUUUGAUAAAACUUUGUGGUAAUAUAAA